CACUGAAAGAACACGCGCCAGUCCGCCAUCGUCAAACCCUAUCGUCUCUCCUUCUCUCCUUCUCGAUAAAAAUUUCUCUGAAAAACAAAAUCACCAAAUCACAAACCCUAACCUAAAUCCACAUGAAAUCAAUCGCCCCCCUUUAACAAACCCUGAUUUGAUGACUAUCACAAUCCAAUCGCACAAGCCCUGACAAUUAUUCCUUCUCUCUUGUUUCCUCUCUGUUCAGGCCUAUCUGCUGUGGUCAUGGAGGGCUCUGUGGUGGCGGAGGAGGAUCUCGGUGCCCCUGAUUCAUGGGAGGUGGCUGAUCUAGACCAGACGAUGAAUCGUUUGUCUCUGAAUAAAGAGACUAAACAUCAACAGCCUCAAGAUCAGCUCCCUCGCUCGGGUCCGGGUCCGGGUGAGAAAGUAACGGAUGAUGUUGCUAAUCAAGUCGACCAGUUUCUCCUUGAGGCCUUGCAGAACACUCGCGAACGCCUCUCAAUUUUGCGGAUGGAACAAGACAUAGAGAAGUUUAUCCGUGAUCCAAACCAACAACAACUAGAGUUUCAACAGUUGCCUACUUCAUAUUUAAGGCUGGCAGCACAUCGUGUAGCACAGCAUUACUCAUUGCAAUCAAUGGUUUUGUUAGACAAUAGUUUACCUGAUGGCUCUGGCUCCAGAAUUAUUGUCUGCAAGACUUCCAACUGCAGGCUUCCCUUGAUUCGCCUGGCUGACAUCCCUGUGAGUUUGCCAUCAGAAGACGGUGAUACUGUUAAGGUUGCAAUUAAACAGAGGCCACAAAAAGGGUCUCAAACUGCCAACAAUUCAAAUUCAUUGAAGACAAAUAAUUCCAAAAGUGUGGAGGAAAGAAAAGAGGAGUACAACAAGGCACGUGAACGGAUAUUUAACUCUAGUAGUUCCACUGGUGGUACUAUUGGGAAACCGGACAGUGAACCAAGGUCGCAGGAUUGUUCCCAGCUUGGUACAUUUGAUAUAUCAAAGUCAGAAGAGAAAUCUGCUCCAGGUAUUCCUGAUUUAAGUUCUGGACGGGGUUUAAUUGAAUCUUCCACAAGUAACAUUAGAUCAGCAACAUUAGCUAGAACAAGAAUCGAGAAGGAGCCAGUUGGUAGGUAUAGACCAAACAAUAGGGUAGCCAUAUUUCGGGACCGUGAGGUUGAUCGGAAGGACCCGGACUAUGAUCGAAGCUAUGACAGGUAUAUGCAAAGAUUUGACCCUGGUUUUGGGUUCAAUGGGGGAGGACCUUACACUAUCCAGCCUAUGUACACUCCUGCACUAAAUUACAACACCGAAUUUCCGCACCUUGGGUCCCGUCACAUAUCUCAGAUAUCUACAGAACACCAACCUCACCCUCUCCCUCAACAUGUACCAGGGCCCUGGGCCGCACCAUCAACCCCUGCAGGGAUUGGGUAUGGCCAUCCUGAUACUCUUAUACCUCUGUUUAAUCCGAAUCAUGUUGGUGCACGCUCCACACCUGCCAUUUAUCUGCAUUCCUCUCAGUAUCCAUGUCAACACCCAGGAAUGCCUUUCAUCCAUCCUCAUGAACAUGUUCAGCCUUUUUCACAGUCUCAUCAACAGCAACCUGAUGCAAGUUUUGGUUUAGCUCGGCCCCGUUGAGGGGCUUGGGCCAUGCCUGCACCCUGCCAGCUGGAACUUAGGCAUGAAAUAUUGAUGAGCUGAUUCAACCCUGAAUCAUAUACGAACUGGCAGGAGUGCAGGCAUAGAGAACCGAGUUGGAUUGGAGUGGACACUUUUUCUCAUGAACAGACGCUGAUCCAUUCCACCAAUCUUGGUUUUGCUUGAGGCUUCUUCAUGUGGUGAAAGACGAAGAAGCUCAAGGGCUUGGCAGAUGAAUGUACAAGAGCUCUGUUUUGUCACUGAUGAUGAUGAAAAAGAAUCAUCGGAGUUGGCUAUGUGUGUGCUCAGUCUAAUUGAAGACUGUGAGGGCCAAGGGGGAUCCGCUUGAAGGACAUUUUUAUCAAAGCUGGCAUUUUGUUUUUGGUUCGGUGCAGCUUGGCUUCGCAGCUUACCCCUUUAAACAACUCUGAUUACGACUGACUGUGACACUUGACCGCGGGGAAAAUGAAGCAAUUCGUCAUGUAUUGUAGGAACAUAUAUUUUUGAACUGUAAUAGCAUCUUUCAUUGUUAUCUAUGAUAAGUGAAGUUGACCGUAA